AUGUUCUCUUUUGAUGUCAGUAAUAUUGAAGACACAUAUUUACGCCCCUGUGUAUGUGCAGAAGAAAAUAAAAAUUUAAGUAAAAGCUUUUGUUACGUUGAAGGAACAGAACUGGAUAUAUCCAGGUCUGAUAACAAAGAAGAAUUGGGCGAAAAUGUUUGGUUUCAGGCAAAACCACCGAAAUUAUUUAAUAAAGAAUUAACUCCUCUUAUUACCGCAAGACAGAUUCAGAUAUCAAGAAUAAUUAUGAGUGGCACCAGAGGUUCGUCUACAUUACCUGAUGAAGAUAGACCCAAAGAAAAGGUGAUAGUGAAUAUGAAGAAGAAAAAAUCAGCUGUUAAAUUCCUUUCUACCACCGAAGUCUGUCUUGAUUAAAAUAUUACAAUCAAAUCAAGAAAUUACAGAAACUGAAAUGAAUGUUAACAUGUUUAGAUUUUAAAAAUAUA